AUGGCACUUUCUGCUUCCAAAAUUGUCUUAUCACUCUCAAUGUUGAUAACUAUUAUUGUUUCAUUUAAAGUCACAAAUGGUCUGAAAACUCAAAGGCUUCCUUGGGCUCCAAAUAAUAUAACUCCACAUAGAGUAUACAUUUCCAUUAUCAACAACAUAAGUGAUGUUCAGCUUGGUGUUCAUUGUCAAGAUAAAAAGCAUGAUCUUGGGUCUCAUUCAUUGAAAUUUGGAGAAAAUUAUGCAUUUGAUUUUCAGCCGGUGGCUUUUUUGCGAAUAGCUUUAUACUUUUGUCAUUUUACAUGGGAUAAUGAGUCUCAUUACGUUGACAUUUAUAAUGAAGUAAGAGAUCAUUAUAUAUGCAGCAAAUGUAAUUGGAAGAUAAAUAAAUAUGCACCAUGUAGGACAACUGAGGUAUCUGAAAUAUGUUAUACUUGGAGAGAUCAUGCUAUAGAAGGGAAACUACUAGUUGAAGAGAAUAGUACUCUUGUUGUGUAA